AUGUGCAGAGGGAAUGAGACAGAAUCCACAAAUUUCAUCCUCCUGGGACUCUUCCCUGAAUUUAGAUACAUCACAGCUUUGGUUUCCAUUGUUCUUCUCAUCUACAUGGCUGCCUUCAUUGGCAACACUCUUCUGGUCCUCCUCAUUUGGUUGGACUCCCGGCUCCAUACCCCCAUGUACUUCCUGCUCAGUCAGCUCUCCUCAAUGGAUUUGACUUUGACCUCUAGCAUCAUACCCAAGAUGGUGGCCAACUUCUUUUCUGGAUGGCAAGGCAUAUCAUUCCUGGCUUGUGGUACUCAAAUAUUUUUCUCGCUGACAGUAGCCAUUGGAGAAUGCAUCCUUAUAACUGUCAUGUGUUUUGAUCGCUAUGUGGCCAUCUGCAAUCCCCUGCGGUACCCUGUCAUCAUGAGUCCUAGGAUGUGCUGGCAGAUGGCUGCCAUGUCUUGGGUUGGAGGGGGAGCAAUAACUUCACUGGUUCAUACAGCCUAUGCUAUGCAUUUUCCCAUUUGUCACCCCCGAGAGAUCCUGCAUUUUUUGUGUGAGGUCAUGGCCCUCUUGAAGCUCACUUGUGAGGACAUUUCAGCCUAUGUGAAGUCAGUGGUGGUCUCAAGCUUUCUGGUGGUCCUCAUCCCUCUAAGUCUCAUCCUGGUCUCCUACGCCCUCAUCUUUCUUGCUGUCCUCCGCAUGAACUCCUCUGAGGGCAGGAACAAGGCUCUGGCUACCUGCUCCUCCCACCUUUGUGUGGUCACCCUCUACUUUGGCCCUGCCAUAUUGGUCUACAUGAGACCUGGGUCUUCUAAGACUCCCAGAUUAAAUCAAUCUCUUUUUAUGUUUAAUGCCAUCCUUACCCCUAUGCUUAACCCACUCAUCUAUAGUCUGAGAAACAAGGAUGUUAUAGAAGCUUUGAAGAGUAGAGUCAUCAAUAGAUGCCCCCUGAGAAAGAUGAAAAGACAUCUACAUUGCUAUACUUGA